CUCUACUUCUUAGAUUUUGAAGAUGAUGAUGUGUAUGGCCAAUCAGUAGAAGAUGAUUACUGCAUUUCUCCGUCAACAGCAGCUCAAUUUAUCUACUCAAGACGAGACAAACCAGCAUUUGCUGAGCCUUUAGAAGAGGAAUAUGGCUAUGAGGGUACAGAAGAUACUGCUGGUUACUUUACAACCAAUCAUCAGUUGGCUGGAGUUGAUAAAGCCCGUCUUAAUUCAUGCCUUGAUCAAAUGAGAGAAGUUUUGGGAGAGUCCGUACCAGAGCGAACAAUGGUGCAAGCCGUACUGGAUAGUCAAUUUGAUGUACAGAAGGCUUUGGAUCUUGUGCUCUCACAAGACAGUAAGCAAAAUAUGAAGACCAAGAAUGAGGACGCCGUGAUUAUAGGAAAGAUGACAAAAGGAGACUUACUUUAUUGUCCAGAAAUAUUUAUUAAUACAGACAAUGUCUCUUGUGCAUCAGAAAAUGUUGCUGACAACACCAACACAUCUAGGCUUGGAAACCUGAGAGCCAAAAGUGGUUACUCUUUAGUUACAAAUGACAAAAUGCUCCUUAAUGCUAAAACAUCCAAUAUACCUUUAUCUGAAAAGAAAAAAUUGAAAUCCUCUUCACUUGUUCUGUCAUCUUCUUUCUGUGAUGGUUUGGUUAAAGGAUCAUUAUAUGAACCUCUGAAUAAACAGGCAGAGUUUCAACUACCAGAAAGUGCUAACGCAGUAAGUUUGAUUCUUGACAGUGAAAACGCUUACUUUAGUAUAGGAAGUAACAAAUCUGGAAGUUCUUCUUUUAAGAAGCCAGAACGCAAGGAAACACAGGACUUAAAAUCCUUGCUGAUGCAGAAUGUGAUUUGUGAGUCUCUGAGUCUUGACGACAGCAUGCCUUUUGUUUCUUCAAGUACUUCUGACUGUGAUAGUAAUGCAAAUUCUCAUAGUCCUCCUUGUUUAACGAGUGCUUUAGGAAAAUUGGCUCUUGAUAAUGAAGUCAGUCAUACUGUAAGUAGAAAGAAUGAACUUCUUGAAAAUUUUUCUUCACUUGUACAAGGUAGAAAACAAGAAAGCCCCUCUUUAGAGAUGGCUGCUUUGCCGGUGUCAAAGUCUGGAAGUACAUCACUGGCAGACUUGCUUCAGGAGCAUCAGGGAAGCAGUGCAAGUCGAUGUUAUUCUUUGGCUGAUCUUUAUACUCAGUCAACAGCAAGUCUUCCAGAUGUGAAAUUGGGAACCUCACAACUAGUAAGUCAACCUCAGACUUCAGGUGCGAUGCCAGAGCUAACAGGAUCUUUGUCUUCUCUGGCCCUCUCCAAAGUUUCUCCAGUAAAGGAAGUUGAGAAUUUGUCACUGUCAGAUUUAAUUGCAGAGACUAUUGAAGUAGAUAAAACUCAACACGGAAACGACUUCUCCAUGCUCAGUGCAACUGAGAUGAGGCCCUCUAAAAGAACAAACAUUGACUUAAGUGGUAUUAUGAAAAAAGCAGAUGUAUCAGCAGAACAAAAUGUAGUAGGACAAUCAAACACCUUAAUCCCAGAAACUAAACUUUUAAAUGUGAAGCAAGGGAAAUGUUCUAUUUUUGCUAAAACAAAUAAAAAACCAAAAAGAGGGCUUAUUCCCAAGAGGCAUGAUUUAUCCCUUUCGUGGAUGAAGGCACUGCGUGCAAGACCUUCACCUUUUGCUUUAACCUUGUGUCUCCGUUAUCCUCCGAAAGGUUACAAGCGGCGCACGGUUGCUAUGCAUAAAACUUUCUUAUACAGUAGACAAGUGCAAGAAGUAAAACCCAAGGAAAUCGGUCCUGUAAUAGCCAUAACACCGUUUGACUUCAAAUCAGCAUCUCCUGAUGAUAUUGUGAAAGCUAACCAAAAAAGAGCCUUUACAAGAGAUCACAACCUUAAGUUCAAACUCGCUUUUUGUCUAUUACUAGGAAAAUCAAGGGAUUCCCAGUCAGCCAGAAUGGAAUCUGAAAUUGUGCCAAAAGUUACCAAAAUGACAGUGUCUGGGAAGAAACAAUCUAUGGGAUUUGAAGUUCCAUGUGGUAUUACUGAAGAAAAUGGCCACGUUAACACAUCUCAGAAAGUACUGUUAACUGAAGAUGCCAGUGUAACUUCUGGGGUACCUGAGACAGCCUCAAAAUCUGCUCUUUCACCCCAAGUAGUGCAAGUUUCAGAAGAGCAAAAUGUGGUGCCUACUCCAGUGAAAAAGUCAAGCAAGACAAAACCACAGAUAGAUGUGAAAGCAGAGCUGGAGAAGCGACAAGGAGGAAAGCAACUGCUUAAUUUGGUGGUAAUAGGACAUGUUGAUGCAGGUAAAAGUACUUUAAUGGGUCAUCUGCUCUACCUUUUGGGAAAUGUGAACAAAAGAACUAUGCACAAGUAUGAGCAGGAAUCUAAGAAGGCUGGCAAAGCUUCAUUUGCCUAUGCAUGGGUCUUGGAUGAAACUGGGGAAGAGAGAGAAAGGGGAGUAACAAUGGAUGUGGGUAUGACCAAAUUUGAGACAAAGACUAAAGUAAUUACGUUGAUGGAUGCUCCAGGCCAUAAAGACUUCAUUCCAAAUAUGAUCACAGGAGCUGCACAGGCUGAUGUGGCUAUUUUGGUUGUGGAUGCUAGCAGAGGAGAGUUUGAAGCAGGGUUUGAGACUGGUGGACAAACUCGAGAACAUGGAUUAUUAGUGCGUUCUCUUGGAGUGACACAGCUAGCUGUUGCAGUCAAUAAAAUGGACCAGGUCAAUUGGCAACAGGAAAGAUUUCAGGAAAUUAUUGGCAAACUUGGCCAAUUUCUUAAGCAAGCUGGCUUUAAGGAGUCUGAUGUGGCUUAUAUCCCAACGAGUGGUCUUGGUGGAGAAAAUCUAGUCACAAGGGGUCAGUCAGAUGAACUCGCUAAGUGGUAUAAAGGAAAGUGUUUGUUAGAGCAAAUUGAUUCUUUCAAGCCACCACAAAGAUCAGUGGAUAAACCAUUUAGGUUGUGUGUCGCUGAUGUUUUUAAAGACCAAGGAUCAGGAUUUUGUGUGACUGGUAAAAUAGAAGCAGGCUAUAUUCAGGUUGGUGAACGACUUCUGGCAAUGCCUCCCAAUGAAACUUGCACUGCAAAAGGAAUUACACUGCAUGAUGAACCAGUUGAUUGGGCUGCAGCAGGAGAUCACGUUAGUCUCACUUUGACCGGCAUGGAUAUCAUCAAAAUCAAUGUUGGCUCUGUAUUUUGUGAUCCCAAGGAACCCAUUAAAGUUUGUACUCGUUUCAGAGCUCGGAUUCUCAUCUUUAAUAUUGAAGUUCCAAUUACUAAAGGAUUUCCUGUGCUUUUACACUAUCAAACCGUAAGUGAACCUGCUACUAUCAGAAGAUUAUUGAGCAUCCUGCACAAAAGCACUGGUGAAGUGACAAAGAAAAAACCUAAGGUUCUGACUAAAGGACAGAAUGCUUUAAUAGAACUACAAACUCAAAGACCUGUAGCUCUAGAGUUGUAUAAAGAUUUUAAAGAGCUUGGAAGGUUUAUGUUACGCUAUGGUGGUUCCACUAUUGCUGCAGGAGUUAUCACAGAGAUUAAAGAAUGACAGCGGUGCCAGAACUUCCACAAUCCAACCAAAAUGCAAUCAGGUAUCCAGACUUUUAAGAAUCCAGUUACUUCAACUGAAGGAACAAGUGCAAUUAACUGGGAGCAAAAUAUGAUGACAAGAGUCAAAUCAUAUUAGACUUCUGGGGAGCUCUUCAUCAGUCUUUCCCACUGCAGAACAAGAUGCCAACUGACAAGAAAUUGUUAAUGUUGCGCUUUCCCAUUGCAAAAAUCCAUGUAUUCCUCCAUGUGGAAUUUACCCCUUAAAGAGCUUGAUGGAAACAUGCUUAGAAAGUUGAAUUAGAGAAAAAGAUGAUAAAUCAUCAUGAAACAAACACCUUACUUCCAGCCAUAAAUUGUUUACAUAUUUUCUUUGAUUUGCUUUUUUUUUGCUGCAGGUUAAUUCAGUAAAGUAACUUAAUUGGUCUAAUAUAUUUUGAGGUUUGAGUUGAAUGCAUUCAAGGAGAAAAGAACUAUUUACUUUCAGAAUAUAGCAUGUAGUAUUCUCCCAAGAUUGUUUUUCCUAUCCCAAAGUUUAUUUAAAGUUUCUUUUGCUGUGUAGUGGAGCUGUGCCAACAUUGGCUAAUUUUACGUUUUAAAAUGUAAUAAUAAUAAAAUAGCUUUGUCUGAGCAUAA